CCGGUGUUGUGUAUGUUCCUGGAAACAUGGCGGUCAGCAUCCGCGGCCGUCCGAUCCGAAGUCUUCGGAUGCGAGGUCGGAAUGACAGCGGCGAGGAGAACGUACCGCUCGAUCUGACCAGAGAACCUUCAGAUAACCUACGCGAAAUCCUUCAAAAUGUGGCCAAGCCUCAUGGAGUCAGUAAUAUGCGAAAGCUUGGGCACCUGAACAACUUCAUUAAGCUGCUGGGCAGUAUAGGCCACAGUGAGGAGAAGUUUGGGUUUACAUAUGAAGAAAUUAUUAUCUGCCUGCGUCUGGCCCUGCUGAACGAGGCCAAGGAGGUGCGUGCUGCAGGUCUGCGGGCUCUGCGCUACCUCAUCAGAGACACCGACGUGCUGCACAAGGUCCUUCGUCUGCAGGUCGACUACCUGGUUGCCAGGUGCAUCGACAUCCAGCAGAGCAACGAGGGGGAGAGGACCCAGGCCCUCAGACUGGUCCGCAAGAUGAUCACGGUGAACGCCCUGCUGUUCCCCAGCUCCAUCGCAAACUCCCUCAUCGCCGUGGGAACGGACGGCCUGCAGGAGAGAGACCGCAUGGUCCGAGCCGCCAUCGCCAUCGUCUGUGAGCUCGCGCUGAAGAACCCGGAGGUGGUGGCAAGGAGAGGCGGCCUCAGCACCAUCCUGAAGGGCGUCAUCGACUGCCAGCUGAGCCGCAUCAACGAGGCCCUCAUCACCACCAUCCUGCACCUCCUCAACCACCCUCACACGCGCCAGUAUGUCCGGGUGGACGUGGAGCUGGAGCAAAUCCUGGCACCUUUCACUGACUUCCACUACAGGCACAACGCUGACACUGCUGAGGGCCAGCUCAAGGAGGAUAGAGAGGCUCGUUUCCUGUCUAGCAGGAUGGCCAUAGUAGCAGCGUUCCGCUCCUGGUCAGGUAUUAUCAACCUGUGCAAAGUUGGCAACUCUGGAAUCCAGUCUCUGAUUGGCCUACUCUGUAUACCGAACAUGGAAGUGCGGAAGAGCCUCCUGGAGGUGUUGUAUGAGAUCUUCAGGCUCCCCGUUCCCUUAGCAACACCGGACUUCACAGAGGCUCUCCUCAGUGUUGAACCUAGCAGGUUCCAGGACAACUGGAGGCUGUCGGAUGGCUUCGUAGCUGCAGAAGCCAAAGUUCUCCUUCCCCACAGAGCUCGCUCGAGACCGGACCUGAUGGAUAACUAUCUGGCUCUGGUCCUCUCUGCCUUCAUCUCCAGUGGAGUCCUGGAGGGUCUGGUUGAGGUGGUGACCAGUAGUGAGGAACAGCUGUCAGUGAGAGCCACCAUCCUGCUGGGGGAACUUUUGCACAUGGCCAACACUAUCCUCCCUCACUCUCACAGUCACCACUUGCACUGCCUCCCCACCCUCAUCAACAUGGCCGCCUCCUUCGACAUCCCUCAGGAGAAACGCCUUCGGGCGAGCGGAGCGGUGAACCACCUGAAGCGCUUCCACGAGAGGAAGAGGCGUGGCCUGAGGCCUCACAGCCUGUACCUGGACCACAUCAUACGCAAGUCUGUCACGGUACACAACCGCAGGGAGCCCCACACACGGGCCCCCAGGGACAUCUACACCAUCAAGGACACUGAGGAAGCACUGAUGAUGAAUCUAAGGGACAGUCACAUCCUGAACCACAAGCAGAACCUGGACUGGAACUGGCUGCUCAUCGCUACCAUCCUCAAGUGGCCUAAUGUCAACCUCAGGAACAACAAGGAUGAGCAGAUGCACAAGUUCGUGAGGAGGCUGCUGUACUUCUACAAGCCCAGCAGCAAGCUGUACGCCAGCCUGGAGCUGGACCAUCCCAAGGCCCGCCAGCUCACCGUGGUGGGCUGUCAGUUUGUCGAGUUCCUUCUGGAGUCUGAGGAGGACGGCCAGGCCUACCUGGAGGAGCUGGUGAAGGACAUGGUGUCCUGGCUGUCCUCGUCCUCGGGGCUGAAGCCCGAGCGCAGUCUCCAGAGCAACGGGCUGCUCACCACCCUCAGCCAGCACUACUUCCUGUUCCUGGGCUCGCUCUCCUCCCACCCGCAGGGCGUCAAGCUGCUGGAGAAGUGCAGCCUGUUCCAGUGCCUGUUGACCCUGUGCACAGUGAAGAACCAGGAUGCCGUGUUGAAGCUGGCCGUGACCACGCUGGACUACAGCCGAGACGGCCUGGCCAGAGUCAUCCUCUCCAAGACCCUCACCGCUGCCACGGACGUGUGCAGGUUGUACGCCACCAAGCACCUGCGCGUGCUGCUGCGGGCUGGGGUGGAGUUCUUCAGCAGCUGGGGCAUGGAGCUGCUGACCACCCAGCUGCACGACCACAGCAAGGCCGUGAGCAUGGAGGCUCUGGACAUCCUGGACGAGGCCUGCGAGGACAAGGCCAACCUCCACGCUCUGAUCCAGCUCAAACCUGCCCUGUCCCACCUGGGGGACAAGGGACUGCUGCUGCUGCUCAGGUUCCUGUCCAUUCCUAAGGGCUUCUCCUACCUCAACGAGAGGGGCUACGUCAACAAGCAGCUGGACAAAUGGCAGAAGGAGUAUAACCUGAAGUACGUGGACCUGAUAGAGGAGCAGCUGAAUGAGGCCCUUACCACCUACCGUAAACCUGUGGACGGAGACAACUAUGUACGCCGCAGCAACCAAAGGUUACAGAGACCAAACGUGUAUCUUCCUGUCCACUUAUACGGUCAGCUGGUCCACGACAAGACAGGCUGCCACCUGCUGGAGUCCCAGAAUGUGGUUCCAGACCUCAGCUACACGGUCCGCUCCCCGAUGCUGGACACUUGGGAGGGGAUCAAGCUGCUGAAGGCCGCCCUCUGGGCACUGGGCAACAUCGGCUCGUCCAACUGGGGUCUGAACCUGCUGCAGGAGGAGAACGUGAUACCUGACAUCCUGGGGCUGGCUCUGCACUGUGAGGUGCUGUCUGUACGAGGGACGUGUGUGUACGUGCUGGGGGUGAUCUCCCGGACGAGGCAGGGCUGUGAGCUGCUCAAGAUAUACGGCUGGGACGCCGUGAGGCACAGCAGGCGCACCAUGUGGCCCGUCACCCCGGACGAGGCUCUGGACCCCCAGCUGGCCUCGGAGCUCACCUCCGUGCCCAGCAGCCUCAGCCUCUACUCCGAGUCCACCAGCUCCAGACACAACUCUGAGAGCGAAUCACAGCCCAGCAUGUACAUCCUGGAUGACGACAAGCUGGACGUGCUGGACCAAUCAGAGGACACCUCACCCUCGCUGCGCACCAAGCCGGCGAAGGACCGCAGCCCGUUCACCAUCCUGGCAUCCACGCGCUUCGUCCGCAGUCGCUUCCUCAACUCCCUGUCCCUCCCCAGCAAGAAGCAGCGCUCCACCAGCGACCCCAAGGCCCCCGCCGGCACCCGCACCCCCACAGAGCUCAAGCUCGGGGGGAUGCGGAGGACCAGGACGGUGACGGAGCCCUCCAUGUACUCCCCGGCCGGCGGGCCGGAUGUGUUCAGCCCCGUGUUCAACGGUAGGGGGGGCCUGCCUCGGAGCCCCACGGUCAGCCUGGAGACCUCCUUCAUCGGCUCGGAGGAGCAGCUGGCGCGGGCCGGGGGCUCCACGCCGGGCCUGGGGCCCCCCGGGGGGGAGGGAGGGCCGGGGGCCGCCGGGGAGCCCCCCGGGAGGGAGCAGAGCAGCCGGGAGCGUCUGGCGGGGGGGGACGGGGGGUCGUCGUCGUCCGGAGGCGGGGUAGGAAGGGGGGGGGGAGGAGGAGGGGGCGGGACCCAGUUCAAGAGCCGCAGCCAGAGCUUCAACACGGACACCACCACCAGCGGCAUUAGCUCCAUGAGCUCCUCCCCCUCCCGCGAGACGGCCGGCAACCCCGACCAGCCCGACCCCGAGCCCGACUCCUCCGACUGCAUCAGCCUCAACACCGUCGUCUCCGCCCGCGCGGCCAAGACCCCUACCCCCUCGUCGCCACCCGCCGCGCCCCACCACGUCAACCACAUCCCCCUCUCCAAGUCCAGCUCCGUCUCCCUGGUGCCUCCCGGCUCCUCCCACACCCUCCCCCGCCGCGCCCAGUCCCUCAAGUCUCCCUCGGUGGGGGCCAUCAAGAGCCUGGCCGACUGCAGCUUCAUGUACACCAGCCCGCGGGACGCCCUGGGCUACGCCACGCUGCGGCGGCUGCAGCAGCAGAGGAUCCACCCCUCGCUCUCCCACAGCGAGGCGCUCGCCUCGCCCGCCAAGGACGUCCUGUUCGCCGACGCCAUCACCAUGAAGACGGGCAGCCUGGACUCCAGGAUCACCCCGCGCAGGUUCCUGAAGGCCCUGAGCUUCGCCUCCCUGGACAAGGAGGACCUGCUGAGCCCCAUCAGCCAGAUGUCCCUGCAGCGCUGCUCCUCCGUGCGCUCCAUGGUCUCCGCCUCCUACGGCUCCUGCGACGACUACGUGGGCCUGGCCCUGCCCGUCGACAUCAACCACAUCUUCCACGUCCGCGAGGUGCCCUACUUCCUGCAGAACACCAGCCCUUCCUCCGAGGAGAAGAACAGCUUCCUGUUUGGCGACGCAGACGAACGCCCGCCCCUCCCUCUGCUGAAGCAGCAGUUCAGUAUCUCGGAGCUGAUGGCCAACCGAGGCGACGGGCAGAACGGCUCCCCGGGCUCAGACGAGACGGGGCUGCAGGAGCAUACUGAGGACAACUGUCUGUACUGCGUGGGAGGCCUCGUGCUGGGGCACCCCAGACAGCCUCCGCACGGCAACACACACCCCCGGACAGACUACGUGGAGUUCUCGUCGUGGGCGGGGCCCGGCGGGCACCGUCUGGAGGUCAUGCCGCAGUCCAAGUUCUCGGGGGCGUCCGGGUGCAGCGACGCCGCCGCGUCCCAGGGCUCCGUCUGCAGCACGCCUACGCCCAACCACGUCCUCCUGGGGGGGAAGGGCGUGCCGGAGGACGCGCCGGCGUGCCGCGUCCUGCUAAGGAAGGAGGUGCUGCGUCUGGUCAUCAACCUCAGCUCCUCUGUGGGGACCAAGAGCCACGAGACGGGACUGCUCACGAUCAAGGAGAAGUUCCCGUAUGCGUUUGAUGACAUCUGCCUGUACUCUGAGGUGUCCCACCUGCUGGCCCACUGCAUGUUCCGCCUGCCCUCACGACGCUUCAUCCAGGAGCUCUUCCAGGACAUCCACUUCACCCCCAUGUACGAGGAAGCGGAAUCCAUCCUUACACAGCCGCCAAAGCCAGUGGAGGUGGAGCCAGACCCCCCCUCGGAGCCCUGACCCCCCCCCCCCCCCCCCCCCUCCAAACGUGGAUGUUCGCCUAAUCCUCACCAUCAGCAUCAAGGGGAGCAGUCUGACCAAAUACUAUCUUCUCUCCAGUGGAGGACUCUGGUGGAGCCCUGAGCGAAAGAAACACACACACAUACACACACACACAGACACACACACAGACACGCACACACACACACAGACAGACACACAUACAGAUGAUGCUGGUCUAACACAUGCUGAAUAAAAACUGUGAGCGCGCUUGUUCUCCUCCCAGAGAGGGAGAACCCAGUGAGGAACUGGGAACCACAUGUUCUUCUGUCCUCCCUAGAUAGUCCUGGCCCCAUCCUCUCCUCUCCUCCUUCCCCCCCCCCCUCUAUUCUAUACCUCCCCUCCAUCCUCGGUUAACACUACAGAGGGUUCUAGUGGGUAUACACCAGGACCCCACACCCUCACACACACACACACACACACACACCCACACACACACCCUCACACACACACACACACACACACACACACACACACAUCUCUGCAGCCUCAGAUCAAAGCACUGCCCCAACCCAGCGGUAGCUCAGCUGGUCCAUCCCCAGUCUAGACGCUCUUCCCCCCCCGGACCAGACACCCUGGUGGGGGGAGGCCCUCCUCCCCCAGCUCUGGGUCCUGGUCCGGGGUUCACCUGAGACCCCCAUCAUCUAACUGAGGGUGGUCAGCAGUGUGCAGGUGGUUCAGAUCCCCCUUCUCUGAGGAGCGCUGGAGCUCAACUGCCCACCUGUGUGCCGUCACUCUUCAGCCAUACCAGCGUCACGUCAGAGACGGUCUGUGGCCUCACCCCCCCUCUCCCCCCUCUCAUGAAAACAUGUCAUCCGAGUUCUCCAUCAUGCAUACCUUAAGUUGUUUUCAGUGAACUCAUAUCGCGAUAGGUAGCCCGUCACAUGCAACGGUGGAUAUUUCAAUUCGCUCGUUGAGAUCUACAAUGCAAUAUUGCUUUCUGUCAUUGGCUGAGAUCGGGGGAGUGGGAUGGGUGGGGGGUGUUCAUGGGUAUGAUGAGUUUAAGGAUUGGUUUAAGGUUUCCAGGGAAACAGGGAAGCUCUGUUUCUAUUGGCUAGUUUUGCAAUUAUGCUGCUACAUAAGUGGACUCGUAGAGAAAUGAUUUAUAGAUGGUCUGAAUGAAGCCUCGUUUGAUCUAUUUAUUACAUAUCUGUACCAUAGUGGCGCAAAGAGCAAGCAGAGAAGAAAAAAAUGUUAUUUAUAUUUUUUCCUUGAGACUGUGUAUUAUAAUUUAAAGUUUUUUUUUUUUUUUGGUUUCUUUUUUUUUUUUUUUGCCUGAUUGUGAAGCCCUUUGUAAAAUGUGUACAGUAUGUUUUCUGGCAUUGUUGACCUGAAUAAACAUACUAUCCUAUCAAAGGGAUACAUUGUUAAUAAAACUAAAAUCAUGAAAC